AUGACCAUAAUCAUCGACUACGUGACGUCUGGUGAGGUAAUAGGACUUGAACUUGUAGCUUCCGAUGCUGUGACAAGAUGGCGGCAAUGCCUCGGAGCUACCGAUCCCGCUGAAGCCGCACCAGGGACACUACGCAGACUUUAUGGAGAAAAUAAAUUGAAAAACACAGCACAUGGAUGUAACACGGUGGAAGAUGCUAAUGAGAUACUGGAAUUAUUUUUUGGUUAUGAAAAAGGAGUACCUAGAAUCCCUUUUCGUGCUACAUUUAAAGACUGCACGUGUUGUGUUAUCAAGCCACACGCUAUCAUAGAUGGUAACGUAGGGGCUAUACUGGAACAAAUAUCUACUUCUGGAAAAUUUUACAUAUCCGCAAUGGCGAUGUUUUCUGUGAAGUUAGCUAAUGCCGAAGAAUUUUACGAAAUAUACAAAGGUGUUCUACCAGAAUAUGAGGCUAUGUGCAUUCAUCUAGCAGAGGGUAAAUGCAUUGCAUUAGAAGUUAAAUGCAAUGACCACAAUCUAAAUUGUGUAUGUGAAUUUAGAAAGAUAUGUGGCCCUAGAGAUCCAGAUCUAUGUCGACAGCUUUAUCCUAAUUCUAUUAGAGCACAAUAUGGAAAAAAUAUUAUCCACAAUGCAGUUCACUGUACUGAUCUUCCUGAUGAUGGAGAACUCGAAGUAGAAUACUUCUUCAAACUUCUUGCCAAUGAUUAAUUAUUAAUAAAUUUUCAACAGCUCUCACUUUCGUUUGUAUUCAUUUUUUAUUACAAAGUCAUUGCCUUCUAUCUCUAUUUUUUCAUACAUCCAUUUUCUAUUCACCCUGCA